AUGAAAGCUGAUUUCAAGUUUCAUAACCUUUUGGGGACUGUUUAUCGACAAGGUGACUUAGUAUUUACCCAGGAUGGUUCUAAUUUACUUUCACCUGUUGGUAAUAGAGUGUCUGUAUUUGAUUUAGUUCACAACAAAUCAUUUACAUUAGAUUAUGAGCACCGUAAAAAUAUUGCAACCAUGGACUUAAACCGUCAAGGAACUCUACUGAUUUCUGUUGAUGAAGACGGGAGAGCCAUUUUGGUAAACUUCAAAUCCAGAACAGUUUUGCACCAUUUUAAUUUCCAAGAUCAUUGCUACAAAAUUAAGUUUAGUCCUGAUGGUAAAUGGUUUGCGGUAGCAGUUGGUAGAUUUUUGCAAAUCUGGAGAACACCAAGUGUAACUGAAGACCGUCAAUUUGCUCCCUUUGUUAGAUAUAGAGUGCAUGCGGGCCAUUUCCAAGACCUUUUAUCACUGUCAUGGUCAUACGACGGUAGAUUCAUCCUUACCACAUCAAAGGAUUUGACUUCGAGACUAUGGUCUGUUUACUCUGAGGAUAAAGAAUUGGCUUCUACUACAUUUGCAGGCCACAGGGACUACGUUAUGGGGGCAUUCUUUAGUAAUGAUCAGGAAAAGAUUUACACUUUGGGUAAAGACGGUGCAUUGUUCCAAUGGGAGUACACUUCAAAGGACGAAGAGGAGGAUCCAGAAGAGGAACCAGAUCUUUCGAAAUACAGAUGGAGAAUCACUAACAAACAUUUUUGUUUGAAUGGACGUAAUAAAGUUAAAUGUGUGUCUUUCCAUGCUGCCGCCAACCUUUUGAUCAUUGGAUUCGAUAAUGGUGAGUUCAGAAUUUAUGAAUUACCGCACUUUACACUCUUGCAACAGUUAUCUAUGGGUCAAAACCCAGUGGAUACUGUCACCAUCAAUUCUACUGGUGAAUGGCUAGCAUUUGGUUCGCGUCAAUUAGGCCAGUUAUUAGUUUAUGAAUGGCAAUCUGAAUCCUACGUGCUUAAGCAGCAAGGUCAUUUCGAUUCUAUGAACAGUUUGACCUAUUCCCCAGACGGGUCUCGUGUGGUGACUGCAUCAGAUGACGGUAAGAUAAAAGUUUGGGAUGUGGUUUCAGGAUUCUGUAUCGUUACUUUGGAAGGUCAUACAAGCUCUGUCACAGGUAUACAAUUCGCCAAAAGAGGCCAAGUUCUUUUCACAUCUUCGCUUGAUGGUACGGUUAGAGCUUGGGAUCUGAUCAGAUAUCGUAACUUUAGAGUUUUCACCAGUGUGGAAAGAAUUCAAUUCACUUGUGUGGCAGUUGACCCUUCGGGUGAAGUCGUCUGUGCAGGUUCUACCGACAGUUUUGACAUUCACGUAUGGUCUGUACAGACUGGUCAAUUGGUGGAUCAACUUGCCGGUCAUGAAGGUCCAGUAUCAUGCUUAUCCUUUAGUCGAGAGACGAGUACCCUAGCAUCAGCAUCAUGGGACAGAACCAUUAGGGUGUGGUCAAUCUUCGGUAGAUCUCAACAAGUGGAACCCAUUGAAGUUUUCUCAGAUGUCCUGGCUAUUUCUACUAGACCCGAUGGUGAACAGGUAGCUUGCUCCACUCUACAUGGUCAAAUUACCAUUUUCGACAUUACUGCAGCUAAACAAGUCGGUAAUAUCGAUUGUAGAAAAGAUAUCAUUUCAGGCAGACAUUUAGAAGAUAGAUUUACCGCCAAAAAUUCCCAAAGAUCUAAAUUUUUCACUACGAUCAAUUACAGUUUCGAUGGAUUAGCCAUAGUUGCAGGUGGUAACAACAACUCUAUCUGUCUUUACGAUGUGGCCAACGAAGUGUUAUUGAGAAGAUUCGUGGUUUCUAAGAAUAUGACCUUAAACGGUACUUUAGAAUUCCUAAACAGCAAACGACUCACUGAAGCAGGUUCAUUGGAUUUGAUUGAUGAUGCAGGUGAGAACUCUGAUUUGGAAGAUCGUAUUGAUAACACUUUACCUGGUUCCAAUAGAGGUGGUGAUCUCUCCACCAGACGUGUAAGGCCCGAAGUACGAGUUACUUCAAUUCAGUUCUCCCCAACCGCCACAGCAUUUGCCGCUGCAUCUACAGAAGGUCUACUGGUAUAUUCCAUUGAUGACACUUUGGUCUUCGAUCCAUUUGACUUAGAUGUUGAUGUAACUCCACAGACUACUUUGGAAUCACUAAAGAAGAAAUCUUAUUUGGAAUCAUUAGUCAUGGCCUUCAGAUUGAACGAAGACUACUUAAUUCAAAGGAUCUAUGAAGCAAUUCCUGCUUCUCAAAUCAACUUAGUGAGCAGCAGUUUACCAGUCGUAUAUGUUGGCAGAAUUCUCAAAUUUAUCGCUGAUUACGCUAUGGAAUCUCAACACAUAGAAUUCAAUUUACUCUGGAUAAAGGCUUUACUCUGUUCUCACGGUAGCUACAUCAAUUUGCACAAACAAGAUUUUGCUUCAGCUAUGAGGUCCAUACAAAGAUUCUUGGGUAGAAUUGCCAAGGAUGUAGUCGCUACCUCUAAGACUAAUACCUACGCAUACAGAUUCCUGACAUCUACACAGGGUAAGAUUGACGGUGAAGACGACGAACAGGGACAAGAUGGUGGUGAUGCAAGUGAGGAAGAAGAUGGAUUAAACGGUCUAGAUGAAGACGAAAAGAUGACUGACCACGAAGAUGAAGAAGAAUGGCAAGGUUUUGAGGAUAAGAAAAAGCAGUUGCCCCUACAAGAUGAUGGUGAAUCAGACGAUGAAGAAGAUUUGAUAUAG